AUGAAACUGUCAGAAAGCGUGAAACGGAAAACUUGCACUUGUCAUCGCGUAUUGCGCAGUUACAAAAAUUUAAUUCUGAACUCGAAGAAGAAGCUGCAGCAUAUAAGCAUCGUCUUACCGGGUAGCAGCGACGACGGCAAGAGCAGGCCUCCAGCUAAACCCUGCAAAGACAUAAGCGAUGACGAACCAAAAACAUGCAGUAGAACCAAAUAUGUUUCCUGCAAGCGGUAUAUCGAAGUAGUGUUUCAGUUCAAAUAUCAGGGCGCAAACUUUUCGAUGGAAGGGAAUUUUGGACAGGACGUGAAUGGAAGAAUUUCGCUAGCAUCAUUCAUCGGCAAGAGACUUACGAACGUUUGGACUCAAAGAGCAACAGCAGUCUCUACCAGCGGUCAGACUUCAUUGCACUGCUGCCAGACCAGUUCUGAGGAAUUUCGUCAGAAGCUUGUGAGUAGCGAGCAAAAAUUAAAAGAAUCCGUAGAAGCGUCUGCACGGGCUCACGCCGAAUCCGAGUUGUUGCGCGAACGCCUUCACACUGCGUCCUUGACAGAAAACAAACUGAAGGAUUUGAUUGAGCGCACCCAGAAGUCCCUGAAUGACACUCUUGCCUCAGCCGAAAGCCUGAACCAACAACUGGCCGCCUGCAAAGCAAGAGAAAAGGAAAUGAACGAAAUAUCUGCACUGCAAUCGCAGAUCAGUGAUGUUACUCUCUCGGCUGACUUUGCACAGAGGCUUAGUUGCUUGGAAAACUUCUCCAAGUCAUUGCUGCAGCUGCCUUUCGGACUCCAUCGCUUGAAAUGCGCUCUUGGAGUACCACCUCAUCGAAUUCCUCCGAUGGUUGUGUGCGGUUUGCCAUUCGAAAUUCGUUUCUCUCUCGAUCUUCUCCUCCAAGUGGAUGUUUUCCGCAUCAGCCUGUUAUCUCUGCCGGUUGUAAAGGAUGAUACACUGCUGUGA